AUGGCCAGCCUCAGGAACAUCAUGAAUAGCGUCGAUGACGACUCUCAGCCUCGCAGCUCGUCAUCAAGAACAGUUCCGCAUUCCUCGCCGCUGCCGGGUUCUAGCUAUCCCACCUCGUCUGAAUUGUCCAUGCAGAACAACCCAUCACCAUCCGACUACUCUCGAGGUGCUUCUCCACACAGCACCUACUCACCUACCUCCGAGUCCUCUGCGCCUCGCCAUCUUCAGCAACACCUCCCUGCCCCUGGUGUUCACCGGGAAAGCGGUAGCAACGAGUCCAUGGGGUAUUCGUAUUCGCACGGACAGCCGUAUGGCGCCGGCCACGACAUGCGCCCGAUGAUGCCAGGCAGCAGCAUGGGUGAGCCUGGCGUCAAGCUGACCCCAAUUACUGGAAGGCAUGCGGUCAGUGUCGUGAAUAGUGCCAAUCAGAAGACACCAGAACCCGGCCACGACUUCUACAUGUCCGAUGGCGACCAAUCCAAUAGCCCGGGCAAACAUUCAUCUGCGACGGGGAGCUCAUACUCCACGCCAUCUGACAGUUCAAACGACCGAUCCAAGCGCGCGAGAUCCUCCAGUACCGAUCGAAAUUCUUCGACGGCCCAGUCUGCGGCAUCGCCAAAUGUACAAUUCCACGCGGGAAUAGGUGGCCCGACCAGCUAUGAUUUCGGCCUCAAUGCAUCUUCUAUUGGCUUUUCUAUGACGAGGCAAAGCAUGCGAGACUCAUUUCCUAUUUCUGGCUAUGAGGAGGAGUCCAUUAUACCCGGAAAACCUCUCCUCGCAAACACGACCAUUCGAGCACUGCCUGUGCCAUUUGCUGCCGGCAGAUCUGCUGGUGUUCUCAUGGCCGCACCGCCAGCAAUCUUCCAGGAACGGACGGGCAUGCCGAUUUUGCCGUUGAGUCAAACUGUUCGUGAGGCUGUGCCGGUCUACCUCGAGGUGUACUGGAACAAGGUGCAUCCCAUGUAUCCGAUCAUCCAUCGAUUAUCUUUCGAGAAGGCGCUCGAAAACAUGUCCGAUGCAACAUAUAUUCUACAAUGCGCUAUGGCGGCUGUAGCAACACAGUUCCUUGGACAUGAAGACCAUCGAAUCAACGGCAGCCAGCUUCACUUCCAUGCGGCAUGCAAACUUAAAACAGAAUCCGGUACCGAUCAUUGGCCAAUCCAAACAAUGCAAGCUGUGCUUCUCUCAGAGUAUUAUCUGCGCUUCCGGGGACGCGACAAAGAUGCUUUCCAAACCUCCGACCUAUUCACACUUCUCUACCAAAAGGCUAAUCAUCAAGUUUCGCUACUCUCGGAAAAUGCAGUCUUUGGCCGACCAGAUACGUGGGAAGCAUGGGUCGAAGACGAAGCCCACCGACGGCUCCUCGCUUCUUGCUUCUUACUCGACAUCCACUGCAUGCGCUACUUUGAACGUGCACCCGUGGCUGUUUUAGGACUGGACUAUUCAUCGCCUAGUACUUUGGCUAUCCCUCUUAGUGCUAACACCACCAAGCUUUGGGAAGCCUCCAGUCUGGAGUCAUGGUCCAAGCUGAAUCCUCAGUGUCCACGAGUCAGCGUUGGAAUGGCAAUUGCGCAAGGAUACAAACCGCUGGACAUCCAAGAGUCUUCACCAUUUGAUGCGUCGGUCCUUCUUGCGGCGUAUUCUUUGCAGUUUCCCGCACGACAAAACCCAACCCGCCUCGACUUGAUUCAAGACCUCUCCGGAGUCGACAUUAGCCAGAUGAAUGUCUUAAACUUGUUUGCGCACUCGGCUGUCGCCAACACUUACUUGGCUCUCCAUUUUACCCCCUUGCAUGUCGCCCUUUCUGUAUCGGGCGACAGCUGGGUGUUCAACAAGAAGGUUCUUCGUCUGGCGGCCUUCACACAGCACCAGAGCCAACUUUCCCGAUGGCGCGACUCUGGAAGCUCGGCUGUCGCUGCCGCGUUUGCUGCUCGAGCUCUUGUUGCGUUCCUUGGUCUCGGACCUAAUGAUAACGGGAAUGGGACGGCGUCCACUUCUCCUUGCAACGAUAUUUCUGAUUUCUGGGGAAUUUAUGUUUGUGCCCUCAUCUGCUGGGCUUUCGGACAUGUUGGUCGGGAUGGAAGCGGCGCGUGGAAUGAUGGAAGCUCUCGGCCGGCCGCUCUCCAAUGGCUGCAGAGCGCCGCCAAAAUGCAUCCGGCGCAGGUUCAGCGUCUUGCCGGUCGACGCAACGCGCAAGCCGUGGUGGGACUCGCACGCGAGGCUCUAGAGCGCGAGCACUUUGGUGGCCGCAGUAUUCUAAUUUCUGAUGCGCACACGUUUAUAGACGGACCAUGCAAUGAUGACUAA